CGUGCCCGUUGCCCGACAUUACUCCCCUCCCAGACGACACCUUCACUGCCCUCUCCCGCUCAUCACUCGCCUCUUCUCUCCUCUCCACUCAUCACUCCGCUCAUCCACCAUGCCCCCCGCCGCGCCAUCCACCCCCCCGCCGCCCGGACACGAGACGCGCUCGACCUUCGCGGACCUCCUCCGGGCUGGCGACAAAGCUGUUGUCUCAUAUACAUGCCGACUCAAGACAUCUCAGGGUCGGAUCGACGCCGAAGUGGUCAUCCUCGCUCGUGGCUCACAGACCAUCAAGGAAUCUGCUGUCUUGAUAGUCACCGGAGGGCCGCAGCCGCGCAUUGCACACGCGCUGCCCGUCACCCCGUCGCUGGCAGUCGCGCUCGAGCAGGCGCCACCUUCCCCGUCGACUAGCUUCUUCGCCCAGAGCUCCAAGCCUCGAAUCGAGGUGUCGCUGACAGGUACGCCGGUGUCGAUGGCUGGUCCACCGGUGCCGCAGCGGAUCGAGCUCCAGUUCCCGCCCGGCGACACGUUGCGCGUCUACGCACUGGUCAAGGAGAUCAGGAAGGCCAUCAGCACGUCCUAUUACUCGUCGUCAUCAUAUGGCUGGCUCGCGUACUAUCCUGUCACUGCGUUCGGAUCACCUACAAGCUCUCGCACCAGCUCCCCAGCAUCAGAUCAGUCUGAUGAGACUGCGGUAGCGGCGAGGCCUGACGGCGAGGCGCCGGCCAAGCCAGAAUUAACAGAGAGCGAGCCAAAGGAGGGCGAGACGGAGCAGUACCCAAACCCCUACGUGGAGGGUUUCUCGCGGCCAGGCUUCCUCCGCAAGCGGCUCUUUGCCCGACAAGAGAAGUGGUCGGAGCGCACGCCCGUCAGCAUCCGCAUUGUGACCUACAAUGUCAACGACCGCGUCCCGCCAGCCGGGACGAAGGAGCUCGCCCCAAUCCUGGGCUAUGGCGCCGAGGACAUACUCGUCGUCGGUCUGCAAGAAGCAGAUCUUCGGAGCCAGUCACUGCUGGUGUCGCAGGGUGACGAGCGUGCAGCAGCGUGGGAGGUCGCCAUCUUUAACGGGUUACGAGAGAAGGAAGAUGCGUAUGAGCAGGUUGCCGUGAUGCAGUACGUCGGCGUCAUCUUGCUCGUGUUCGCCAAGAGCGUGAUCCGGCCACAUGUGCGCAUGGUGCAGACUGCUGCACGCGGGAUCGGUAUUUGGGGCAUCGGGGGAAACAAGGCAGGUGUGGCCUUGCGCAUGAAAAUCCACGACACCACUGUCUGCUUUGUCAACUCUCACCUCGCAGCAUUCGCGUCUCAGCUCUCCCGCAGAAGGCUCGACUACCAGGCGCUGAGGACGACAUUGACGUUUGAUCAGAUGCCCGGGUUACACCCACCCACCGAGGCAUACUACCCCGACAGUGGCCAAUUGGCCGUGGACGACUGCGACGUCUUGUUCUGGUUUGGUGACCUCAAUUACCGCCUCGAGCUCGAGCCUAAAGAAAUACACGCCCUCCUCGAGGCGCGCCAGUACGAAACACUGUUGACGGCCGAUCAGUUGAGGACCGACAUGGCGGAUGGCCACUCGUUCGUCGGUUUCUCAGAACCCGAGAUCAAAUUCAAACCCUCGUACAAGUAUGUGCAUGGCUCGGUUACGCUGGAUCCGAAGCGCGCGCCAGCGUACUGCGAUCGUGUGCUGUACACCGCGCGCAACGGUGAGGUCACGCCAAACCGCUACGCUUGUCACGAUGUCCUGUGGUCCGACCACUUGCCGGUGACCGCGACGUUCUCGCUCGGAGCUCGGGUUGUCGAUCAGACGAAGCGCUCGGACGAGCUCCUCAAGUGCCAAGGCGAGCUCGACCGUUUGGACGAAAUGUACCGCCCUAGCCUGGUGGCCGACGUGGAGGACAUCGAGUUCGGCGAUAUCCUCUACCGCCGCCCAGUGGUGCGUGAGCUGACGCUGCGCAACACGGGCCGCGUACCGGCAGGCUUCUCGUUCCGCGAACCCGCGCCAGGCAAGCCAAUCUGCCGGCCGUGGUAUUGGCCGUUCCCCGCCGCGGGCAUCGUUCCCGCCGGCGAGGAGGUUGUGCUCAAGCUCACCGCAUGCGUUGACGAGACAUUGUCUGCUGGUCUGACAUGCGGAGGGGAGAUGAGCGACGUUCUCGUCCUGCAGGUCCAGGGCGGCAAGGACUCGUUUAUCACAGUCCACGGGUCGUUUGUGCCCACCAUCGUUGGACUGCCACUCGACGUCGUGCCCGAGCUUUCGGACGUGAUCCGCAAUGUGUCGCUGGCAGAGCGCAAGGCUCUACUUAACGACUCGGAAGAGUGGAACGCGCAGGAGGAAAACAGCUUUGGCGAUGAGCUGCCGGUAGUGGAGAUGAAGUCGCAGGACACGGAGCGGGGUGAGGACAAGCUGGCAGGAGACAGCGAGAAGGCAUCGGGAACAGAAACGGAAGCCGAGACGGAGUCGGAAACCGGGCGCAAGUCGGCGUCGCUGGAUCCCGCAAGCGCCCUUCCAUCAGACGGGGCCUUGGACACAGACGACGCGGCAUUCGACGUCGCACAGCUUGCGCUCGACGCCGAUGUCUCCGGACCACCCUCCAAGGCCCCUACGCCCUCUCCCUCCACGCCCGCCCCCGCCCCCGCCUCUAGACCCAAGAACAAGCGCGGGCGUUCGGGGAUCACACGCCCGCCGCGUGAGGUCUGGCGUCUCCUCGAACGGCUGAUGGAGGCAGGCAGCGUCGAGCAACUGUGGACGACGCCGCCUGACUAUCCCGCCGUUCUGUCUGUGAUUGACGCACUCGACACCGGCGCACCCCUCCCGGACGAUGUGCACGCGGUCGCGAAUGCCCUCCUGCACAUCCUGUACGCAUUGCCGGAACCGCUUGUGGCGGAGAGUCAGAAGUGGGCGUGCCGCCUCGUCAUGAGCCGCGACGACGCAUACGCCGUCCUGGAGACGGUGCAGGGUGUGCAUGCUAAUGUGCUCAUUGGGCUCAUGAGCGUUGCGCGGCUGUGCGCCGGUGGCGAGGAACUGGACAAGGACUCAGUGCUCGCGCUCGCCACGGCCAUCUUUGGAGGACCGGUCAAGUAUCGCGAGGGCCUUGUGUUGGGGCUGCUGCAGGGAUGAGUGUAUCUGUAGACAUCUUGUAGCUAUGCAAUCCCAAGAACCUGAGAGACGGCGGGAGUUGGACUGACAGCCUUCCGUCCGCUGUUU